AUGGCCCAGUCCCCGCCUCUGCAGACCCUCGACCCCUGGAUCUUACCCCAGGGCUGGGGUUGGGCCGGGCACCCGGACUCCACGUCCCCGGCCUCCUCCUCCUCGGACUCGUCGGGCUCGUGCCCCUGUGACGGCGCCCGCGGCCCCUCGCAGCCCACGCCCCCCGCCCGCGGCGUCCGGACCCCACCAGCCGCCCCGACGGCGCCCGGACGCGCGCGCCCCGCCCCGGCCGGCGGGCAGCGGCAGAGCGCCAGCGAGCGCGAGAAGCUGCGCAUGCGCACGCUCGCCCGCGCGCUGCACGAGCUGCGCCGCUUCCUGCCGCCGUCCGUGGCGCCCGCCGGCCAGAGCCUGACCAAGAUCGAGACGCUGCGCCUGGCCAUCCGCUACAUCGGCCACCUGUCGGCCGUGCUGGGCCUCAGCGAGGACGGCCUGCGGCGCCGGCGCCCGCGACGCUGCGACGAGACGCCCCCUCGGGGCUGCCCGCUCUGCCCCGACGGCGGCUCCGCGCAGGCGCAGACGCCGACGCAGGCGCGCGGCCAGAUCUUGGGCUCCGCCGCCCCCGUGGCGGGGUCUUGGGGGUCCCCACCUGCCUGUGUAGGAGUCCCAGCAGCGCCCGAAUGCUUGGGAAGCAGGGUCCCCGACGUGGGUCCUUGGGUUUCACCCCCUUACUGUUCCGGGACGCAGUCGCUUCCGCAAGUGUCCCCACGUAGGGCCCCCGAUGCGGCCCUUUGGACGCCGCCCGAAGCCGGUUCCGGAACGCAGACACCUGGAGUGCCCGGGACCCCGGCCACGACCUGGGCGCCGCCCCCCGCCGCCCCGGAGCCCGCUGCAGCGUACCAGGUACCGUGUCCAGGCUGCAGUUGGAAAUGGACGGGGGUAUCUGUGUGUCUCCAGAGUCCUAUCUGCUGCCAGAAACCCCACCCCUCCUGCCAGGCCCAGCAUGCCAGAGACUGCAGCCUCAGACCCAAUGGGGAUACUGGAGCCACAGUGCAGAGGGGCUCCCCAGCUCAGAGCACCAGGGACCAGGCCCCACCUUCCAUUUCAGUGAUGAAGGCCCUCUCCAGAGCUCAGGCCUGCAGCUCAGUGGCUGCCCUGAGCUUUGGCCAGAAGACUUGGAGGGGGGCCACCUGAGCAUCUUCUACUAAUGGCCCUGCCUGUCCCCUGUUCAACUAGGAAUCAGGCCUGUAGUGUGGGCGCCCUCAUUUGCGAGGUCAGCGGUGUUCAGACUUUCCUUUAGCCCAGGAUCCCUUUUCCAAGUGUUGCCUUUCGUGGAAGCAGUGUUUGGUGGCCUCCCUGGCUGGCGUGGGGGCUGGGGCAGUGCCCUCUGCUCCUAGGCACCCCCCAAAAUGACUAGUGCCCUGAAGAGCACAGCCCAAGCUGCAGAAACACCCCAGGGCUGGGGUUGGGCCGGGCACCCGUGGCCCCUCGCAGCCCACGCCCCCCACCCACGGGGACUGCUUGACCACCAAGUUGGCAGGGCUGGGACUGACGGGGGGUGGAUUGGGGGAGUGGGGUGGGCUGAGGGCAGACCCCUGUAUACUUUGUGUUUGAAGAAACACAACACAGCGCUUGCCGGUUUGGCUCAAUGCAUAGAGCGUCGGCCUGUGGACCAAAGGGUCCCGGGUUCGAUUCCAGUCAAGGGCACAGACCUGGGUUUCAGGCUCCUCUCUGGCCCUGGUCAGUGCGCAUGCA